AUGUCUUCAACUCCUAUCAAAACCCUGGUUGUCAUCGGUGCGACUGGAAACCAGGGUGGAUCUGUGGCCAGGACCUUCUUGAACCCCUCAUCGUUAGCUUCUCAAUGGCAUGUCAGGGCCGUGACUCGGAAUCCCAAAUCUGCUGCGGCUCUGGAACUCUCGAGACUGGGUGCAGAGGUCGUGUCUGCCUCCCUCGACUCCCUUGCCGACCUCCGUGCAGCUUUCAAAGACGCAAACGCCAUAUUCGCCGUGACAGACUUCUGGAGCGCCAUCCAAAGCCCAACCGUGGUCCAACAAGCCCAGGAGAAGGGCGUCCACCCAGCUGUCGUCGCUCAAGCGACCGAAGAAGAAUGGGGCCACAACAUUGCCGUUGCUGCUGCGGACAUCCCGACACUGGAGCGCUUCGUAUUCAGUACCCUCCCCGGUGUCUCUGAAUUGAGCCAGGGGAAGCUCAGGCAUGUUUACCAUUACGACGGAAAGGCCAACAUCGCCAAGCACAUCCAGCAGUCCUUCCCGCAGCUGUGGUCCAAAACAUCACAGAUCAUUGUGGGCCACUACAACUCCAACAUCCUCCCGGGCUCUUUCUUCGCUCCGGUUUACAACGCCGAGACCAAGCGGGCCGAGUUUGAUGGACCCACUCCGGCUGACACGCCGUUGCCGUUCAUCAAUGCCCCAGUCAGCACAGGUCCGUUCGUCAAAGCUUUGAUCCUGGACGAGCCUGUCGGCACUAUUCUUGCUGGAUUUGAUGAGUGGCAGUCUCGACAGCAGACGGUCGAUUUUCUCGGCCGUCUGACCGGCAAAGAAUACGGCUACGUCCAGAAGACUGUGGAAGAACUAGCCAACUCAUCACCCUUAGGCUUGGAGCUCCCAGAGACUCAUUUAUUUGUUGCCGAGUAUGGGUUCUUUGGUCAGGGAGUUGAUGGAUGGAAGGAAAAACUGACUUGGCCGUCUGAUUUGAAGAUCAAGAUCGAGACCCCAAGCCUUGAGCAGUGGCUGAGGGAGCAGGAUUGGAACCCGGUUUUCCCAUCGGCGUGA